AUGCAGCCUACAGAUGUCUCCGGCAAACGUAAGCGCGUGUCCAAAGGGCAGUCCUCUACAGGCUGCAUUACCUGUAGGGGCCGCAGAGUCAAAUGUGACGAGACCAAGCCAACGUGCAUACGAUGUCACACGGCACGGUUCAAAUGCGAAGGCUAUGCGUCCAACUUCCGCAUCGUGACCUCCGCUAGCUUGGUUUCUGCAUCCGGUCGCGUUGCAUCCUCCACCAGGACCCAAAUCCCACUGUACUGCCAGCCCCUACUAGAGGAGGUGCUAUACCUCGCCCAACACUUCACCAUCAAGCCUGUCCCAACCCACAGCUCAACCUACGAGAAAGAAGCACGUCUCACAUUAGCCGCCACUUCAGAGCCCGCUAUUAAACAUGCUCUCGCAUCACUCAACACCCUGCUAAGGGUCCACGCAGAGAGGGGAAGCAGCUCUGCCGCUGAGCAGAUGACAACUUCGCUGCAACGUGGCAUCCCGGAGUACACUAACUCUCUGGGAGCUCUCGCCACGAGACUAGUAGAUAACGAAGUGGCUACCAGAAAGGCCGCACUACUGUGUUGCCAAAUGUUUAUCAGUAUCGAGACGGCACUCAACAACUUCACGUCAGCCAUACAGCAUUUCGUACGCGGAGUGCAGAUCAUGCACCAGUACGGCCAGCCCUCUCCUGAUGUGAUGGACGAGAUACCUAAUGUGGAUCUUUUCACUAUCAGGAUGUUUUUGACUUGCCCUGACCGCCUGUUUACAUUCCCACCCGAGUCUAGACUCGGCAUGGUUGAGAUGGGGCAGCAGGCGGCUGAUGAUCUGGGUAGAUCCAAUCUCUGCCAGAGCAUGCUCCACGCGCGACAACAACUCGCCUCCAUCUCAAUGGCCGUUAUCAGUUUGUUGGAACGAACCAGAAGACAAACCUCAGCCGAGUCGAUGGUCAGUGCCCAAGCAGAACAGCUACAGCUUUUAGGACACCUAGGUCGAUGGCGCAGUCUAUUUGCACCUGUAUUGGGUCUUGCAACUGAAAGCACUCCUCUCAAUGCACGUCUCGCAGCACUAUUCACGAUGUUGUUCUACUGCAUACUACGGUUUUCUCUGAACAUGGCGUUCCAGCAUCUGUCGCCUGAUACCAAGACUCUCAAGGUCGAGCUGGACGAGAUGGCGUGGGUUGCCAGUCUUCUCACUCAACUGAAGCCUAUUUGA